AAAAUGGCCGACAAAAAGGAAAUGCUCUCUAGCACUGUAGAAGAGCCCCUUGAUCUGAUCAAACUCAGUCUCGACGAAAGAGUAUAUGUGAAAAUGCGAAACGAUAGGGAGAUUCGUGGUCGUCUUCAUGCCUACGAUCAACACCUCAAUAUGAUUCUGUCCAAUGUUGAAGAAACAGUGACAACAUCAGAAGUAGACGAGGAGUCAUUCGAAGAGAUCUAUCGGCAGACGAAGAGAACAAUUCCAAUGCUAUAUGUACGUGGCGAUUCUGUUAUUCUUGUAUCGCCACCUGUCCGUGCGUCCUAA